AUGCCCGAGGAUCUCGCGGCUCUUAAGCGUCAACGUACGACCUUGAAAGAUGGCGCUGCUAAGCAUUUACACGCGCUGGAAGCCUUGAAGCGACUUACUGACAAGUGGGACGACAUUUUAAUAUACGUGUUAAGCUCUAAAUUCGAUAACCUCACGCUUCGCGAAUGGCAAGCGUCACUCACGGGCUCUGAAUUGCCCACACUUAAACAAUUUUUUACGUUUAUUACGCAUCAUUGCCAAACUCUUGAGGCAACUUCCAAGUCAAGUGCCCACGCUGCAAAGAGCAACUCAAGACCUAACCAAUCGGGUUCUCAAUCGAAGCGUCGUUUGUCCUGUGCCGCUACGGUCAAGCUUAAGUGCAACUAUUGUCAGGGAGAGCAUUUGAUAUACAAUUGCAAGGAUUUUCUGGCGCGUUCGGUCGCCCAAAGAGUAUCCGAAGUCCGCGGUCGUAAGAUGUGUACAAAUUGUCUGCGUCCUGCUACUCAUGCGUCUGGUAAAUGUACUGCGGGAUGUUGCAAAGUAUGUCAGGCAAGGCAUAACACCUUGUUACAUGUGAGUACUCCACUCAAGUCAUCAAAUGACAGUGCGACUAAGGGUGAUGACACGCAAUCGGCUGUGUCUUCCACCGUCUUGGCAACGCAUGCCAUCAGUCAGCGCGGUAGCGAUCAUCGUGUUUUAUCCACCGCGGUUGUCUACGCUUUCGAUCACGAAGGCUCGCCCAAGUUUUGCAGGGCAUUACUAGAUUGCGGCUCUCAGGUCAAUUUCGUUUCUAGAAAAUUCGUAGAGUCCCUCUCCUUGAGACCAAGAAAUCUCAAUCUCUCGAUAUCCGGAGCAAACGGUGCUACCACUACGUCUUCACAAGUCGUUCGAUUAAGAAUACAAUCAAGAAUAAAUUCUUAUACGACGGUUAUCGACUGCGUAGUUGCCGAUCAAGGCACGGAUAAGGUUCCAAUCGUUCCUUUCAAACGUAAGGAUUUCAAAUUUCCUCCCAACAUUCAAUUAGCCGACCCGCAGUUCCACACCUCGUCAGAAAUUGACUUAUUGAUAGGGGUAGACAUUUUCUGGGAACUGUUGUGCGUAGGUCAGAUAAGGUCUUCACAAUUCCAUCCGACUCUUCACAAGACUCGCUUUGGAUGGGUUUUAGGCGGUCGUUUUAAUUCGGUUGAAACUAUUUCCAGGGUGCAAUCCUGCCAUGCCGCUAUAAGCAAUACUACGUUGCAUGAACAAUUGAACAAGUUUUGGCAAAUGGAGGACAAUCUCGCACCUUCGGGCAAUUACAUGCCGGAGGAAGCAUUUUGCGAACAGUAUUUCUUAGCGAACGUAACGCAAAAUCACGAAGGAAGGUAUAUUGUCAAGCUCCCGAUCAAGGAGCAUCUUCUUGAUAGUCUCAAGGACUCCAAGGCAAAUGCCUCGCAAAGAUUCACUUCUUUGGAGAAACGCUUCAAUCGCGACCCUUCAUUAAAGAUUGAGUACUCGCGCUUCAUGCAAGAGUACAUUUCUCUGGGUCAUAUGCGCCUAGCAGACCCGCAACCACAGGAAGAAGGUGUGUCAUUCUAUUUGCCACACCAUUGCGUGUUCAAGGGCCAGGAUCGUAGUUCGAAGAUACGCGUGGUUUUUGAUGCAUCGUGCAAGAGCCGCAACGGCUUAUCACUCAAUGAUGUGUUGAUGGUUGGCCCCGUCGUCCAACAGGACUUAGUUACAAUUCUGAUCCGAUUCCGCACUUUCCGAUACGUUCUGGUUGCCGACAUAAUUAAAAUGUACCGGCAGGUACUACUGGAUCCCUCACAAACACGUCUACACAGGAUACUAUGGCGCGACAGCUCUGAUACCAAAAUAAACAUUUAUGAGUUAACUACCGUAACUUACGGGACGUCUACAGCGUCAUUCUUAGUAACAAGAUGUCUAAAGCACCUUGCUGAACUUCAUGCUUCAAAAUAUCCGGCGGGUUCAGUUUGUGUGCAGCGCGAUUUUUAUGUCGAUGACAUGCUCACGGGAGCAGAUAGCAUUCAAGAUAUCGAGUCAAUUCGCGACGAAACCAUACAGCUGCUCCGCUUAGGAGCGUUCGAACUAAGCAAAUGGGCGUUAAAUUACCCCGACCUACUAACUUCUCGGAACGAUCAGAAUGACGUCUUGGUACAAAUAAGCAACCAGACCGAAUCCUCAGAGCUGGGGGUUCAUUGGAAUCGGAUCGAGGAUACUCUCCAUUUCUCUUGCAAACUCGAGUCAUCGUGCGGCGUUGUGUCCAAACGUACAAUAUUGUCUGAGGUAUCUAAACUAUUUGAUCCUCUUGGCCUCCUAGGACCCUCCAUCGUCUCAGCAAAGCUCAUGCUACAGGAACUAUGGCAGACGGGAGUCGAUUGGGACGAAUCCGUUCCUCAGGACAUCCACACUCGUGGUCUACCUACAUUCGUAGCCAACAGGGUUGGUGAGAUACAACGCCUAAGCGACACCAGUCGUUGGCGUCAUGUGCCCUCUCUUAGUAACCCAGCCGAUCUUAUAUCGCGCGGUCUGUAUCCACGUGAGCUGAUUAUUUCUGACAUGUGGUGGCAUGGACCAUCCUUUUUGCAGUCCAGCGAAAGUUCAUGGCCAGACAGCGGCUUUCCACAAAUGGAAGGUGACAUCCCAGAGCAAAGGAAGCUCGCCAUGCCUACAGUCGCAACUGAUUCAUCAAUCGUAGCCGAGCUGUUGAACAAGUUCUCCAAUUUGAACAAAAUAUGCCGCAUCGUAGUUUAUUGCAUCCGCUUCAACAAGACCCGCCGACCGACGGUGUCAUCUAGACAAAUUUCUCCCUUAGAGGCAUCCUACUCGCUUGGCAUAAUAUGCAAGAAUGUGCAAAGGCAUGCCUUCAUACAAGAGUACAAGGCUCUUAAUAAGGGAAAACCCAUAAGCCCAACAAGCUCUCUUUUCGCCUUAUCCCCCUUUAUUGACGACUCCGGAGUCAUGCGUGUUGGGGGACGUUUAAAAAAUGCCGGUUGGCAUCCGGACGUCUGUCAUCCAAUCCUAAUUCCGCGCCAUCAUAUUUUAACACGUUUAGUCAUAGAACAGGCUCACGCCCGUACCCUGCACGCAGGGACGCAGGCAACUAUGGCCGCUGUCAGACAACGAUUUUGGCCGUUGGCCUUGCGCUCAAGCACGCGCAAGGUCAUCCAAGGCUGCGUGAAGUGCUUCAGAGCAAAUCCCCGUCAGUCCGAAGCUUUAAUGGGAUCGCUUCCAGCCAGUCGAAUCAGGGUCUCUCGACCGUUUUCACAAUGCGGCGUCGACUACGCUGGCCCAUUCUUGUUGCGCGAAAGCAAGAAACGUAACGCAAGGCUUCAGAAGGCCUACGCCUCCAUAUUCGUGUGCUUUGUCACGAAAGCUGUACACACCGAGCUCGUGAGUGACUUGAGCUCUAACGCCUUUAUAGGUGCCUUUAAACGUUUUUUGUCUCGUCGCGGUAAAUCAUCGCGUAUGUUUUCCGACAACGGAACCAACUUCGUAGGUGCCCAGAGACAACUCAAGGAGUUUUACGAAGCCUAUCUUAAGGAAUCCAUUCAGUCCAACUUAAAGGAAUUUUUCUCUAGUCAAGAAAUUCUUUGGACCUUCAUUCCACCGAAUGCCCCCCAUUUCGGCGGGUUAUGGGAAGCGGCGGUGAAGGCGAUGAAAUAUCAUAUGACUCGAAUAAUAGGAAACGCGCAUUUAACUUAUGAAGAGUUUCAAACCGUUUUAUGCAAAAUCGAAGCGAUAUUAAACUCCCGCCUGAUCACUCCAUUAAGCGCAGAUCCGAAUGAUCAUUCAAAACAUGAACGAUCAAAGUGGAGAAACAAUAAAGGCCCCCAACUGCAAGUAAAUCAACUAGUCCUUUGUAAACAACCAAACGCACCUCCCAUGCAAUGGCCCAUUGGAGGAGUGCAAGAGGUGCACACAGGUUCUGAUAACGUCGCUCGAACCGCUACUGUACGAACCGCAAGGGGAGUGCUCGUCCGGCCUUUAGCAAGAUUAGCAAUCCUGCCGCUCGAAGAAGGUCUGACGACCACUAACAAUUCGUAG